AAACAGUCAACACCCGGGACUACAACAUGUUAUCAUAACGAGUGACAUCAUUGUGAGGUUUAGUGGAGAGGAAGGAACAUAUAUUUUUAUUGGCAAGAAGAAAAAAUUACCUUGUUGAAAAAGCGAAGGGAAUGUACAGAUAGCCUGUUCGUACCGAGUUAGCACAGCAAAAAAGUGCAUCCUUGGGAGGAAAGAUAUGACCGUGCUGCAAGUUUAAGAAACGAGGCAGUUUAGGAAAGGGAAUGAAGAAGCGUGGUAGAAACAUGGGUGCAGGCGAAGUGGAUCGUCUCUGUGCGGACUACGAGGAUGACGAAGCCGUGCUGACAAUCGACAUAGCCCUUAUCACGGGCAAAGACACGGAGGAGAUCCCAGGCUCGGCGUGCCGCAUCUGCGGCAGGCAGUGCGACGCGCUGGUGCCCGUGUGCGCGUGCUCCGACGCGCCCGUGCACCGGGGCUGCCUGGAGGCCAGGCUGACUGCGCUCUGCACGGACCGCUGCGAGGCCUGCGACCACGAGUACUGCGUGGAGUGGCGGCGGCUGGAGGGCCUGCCCUACAGCGCCUGGCUCUGGCUCACCACCCAGGCCUCCUGGCUGCAGCUGGUGCUGGCGGCCUCCAUGGCCUCGCUGGUGGCUUGCGAAGCCUCGGCGCUGUGCAGCUUCGCCGCGCACUCUCGCCGCGUGGUGCGCCACCAUCAGGGGGGCCCGGGGCUGCGCGCCCACUGGCGCCACUUCGCGCGCGAGCUCGAGCUGCCGCAGUGGUUCCUGUCGCUGUCUGCGCUGCUGCUGUGCCGCCAGGCGCUGCUGCUGCUGUCCCUGGCCGCCGACGCCGCCGCCUCCUUCCUGCGCUGGCGCCGCCGCCGCUCCGCCGCGCGGGUCCUGGACGGCGCGCCAUAACACUAACCCCCGCCUCCGCGCAAUAAACACCUGGCCUUCCUUUCAGCUUC